AUGGGCCUUCCGAGAAACCCGCUUGAAGGAUGCCGGGAGUAUGUCACACAGCAAACCUGCGGCAUCGGCAUUGUCGGGCCGCCGGUGUCCACCGAGCCGGGGAACACCCCAUGGGAUCGGUGCUGCAGGGAGCUUUCCAAUGCUUCGCAGCAUUGCCGGUGUGAGGCGUUGUGCUACUUCAUAGGGCGGAGGUCUGAUCUGAAUUCCGGCAUGCUCAAGGACCUCCCCGAGUGCCCCAAGGAGGCCCAGAGGGACUUCACCAAGGUGCUUGUCACGCCGGGGCACUGCAACGUGAUGACCGUUCACAACGCCCCAUACUGCCUCGGUUUGGACUUUUUUUGCGGGGGUAAAAAGGAGUGUAUUACUCAAGAGCCUGAAACAUCAUCCCUACACAGACUAGAGAUGUUAAGCGGGCCCGAGCGGAGCCAGACCACAGUCCGGUCCUCCGAUCGGUCCUUUGAACACUAG